CGUUUGUUGAGUGAGUAGUAGAGCGUUGCUGUCGAUUGUUUGGUUUGCUUCAGAAGUUUGCAAUUUCGAUUGUAGAUUUGUUUCUUUUAAGCGAAAGCAAAUACAGAAAUUAAGUGCGUGGUACGGCGAUUGUAUCGCAAGUGGAUUAGUUUUCGAGCAAUAAAGAAGUUGUCUAUCCCGUGAAAGUGGACAGCACGAAACACGAAUAUGGCGGCUCAACUAGCGGGUGUAUUCGAACCGGAUUUACAGGAGAAAAUAGCAAAUUCCAAAAUUUUGGUUGUCGGUGCCGGUGGAAUCGGUUGCGAGAUUUUGAAAAAUCUUGUUCUGUCCGGGUUUCAGGAUAUUGAAAUUAUUGACCUGGACACGAUCGACGUUAGUAAUCUGAAUCGUCAGUUCCUGUUUCAUAAGGAGCAUGUCGGAAAAUCUAAAGCGAAUGUGGCCCGUGAAAGUGCUCUCAGUUUUAAUCCUAACGUAAAAAUUAAGGCUUAUCAUGACAGUAUUACCACAACCAAUUACGGUGUAAGUUUUUUCCAGCAGUUUCAGCUUGUCUUGAAUGCGCUGGAUAAUCGUGCCGCUCGAAAUCACGUCAAUCGGCUAUGUUUGACUGCUGACGUACCACUGAUUGAAUCUGGCACCGCAGGUUACAAUGGACAGGUGGAACUAAUUAAGCGUGGUUUGACGCAGUGCUACGAAUGUACUCCUAAAGCGGCACAGAAAUCAUUUCCCGGUUGUACGAUCCGAAAUACUCCUUCGGAACCGAUUCAUUGUAUUGUUUGGGCUAAACAUUUGUUCAAUCAACUUUUCGGUGAAAGUAACGAAGACGAAGAUGUUUCCCCGGAUACGGCUGACCCAGAAGCCGGUGCUGAAGCUGCCGAUACUGCGCUAGCUACUGAAGCCAACGACAAAGGAAAUGUUGACCGCGUAAAUACCAGAACCUGGGCUCAGCAGUGCGAAUACGCUCCGGAGAAAAUUUUCAACAAGCUGUUCUACGAUGACAUCAAUUACUUGUUGACUAUGUCGAAUCUUUGGAAAAGUCGCAUCCCUCCGAACCCGGCCAAGUGGGAUGCGUUGGAAGAGGACGGGGAAGUUGCUCCAACGGAUACGGUUUUGCGUGAUCAAAAGGUUUUGAGCUUGGUCGAAUCUGCGAAGGUUUUUGGAGAAAGUAUUACGGCUUUGAAGGAAGACUUCGCAAAGCUGGCCGAAGGUGACCAUUUGGUUUGGGACAAGGACGAUAAGAACGCAAUGGAUUUCGUGGCUUCAUGUGCAAACAUUCGUGCACAAAUUUUCAAUAUUCCCCGAAAGAGUCGUUUUGAGAUUAAAUCCAUGGCAGGCAACAUCAUUCCAGCGAUAGCCACUACAAACGCAAUUACGGCCGGUGUCGUGGUCAUGCACGCUUUCCGCGUGCUGAAGGGAGAGCUAGAAAAAUGCAAAUCGGUGUACAUGCGGCUUAGACCGAAUGGCCGCAAUCAACUGUUUGUUCCGGAUCGGGAUUUGAAUCCGCCAAAUCCAAAAUGCUACGUUUGUGCUGCUAAGCCGGAAGUCGUUCUCAAGGUGGACACUAAAAACGUGACUGUGAAGGAGUUGCGGGAUGACAUUCUGAUCAAGGCUCUCAACAUGAUCGAUCCAGAUGUGAUUAUCGAUGGCAAAGGAACGAUCGUAAUUUCUUCCGAGGAAGGUGAAACUGACUGCAACAACGACAAAAAGUUGGAUCAGUUACAAAUCGUCGACGGUUGUAUUCUGAAGGUAGAUGAUUUCGUUCAGAAUUACGAAUUAACGGUCACCAUUGUUCACAAAGACCCAGCACGGGAUGAGGCCAACUUUGAAAUCGUGGCUGAUCCUGAUACUCUCAAACCGAAAGAGGACGAAGCGUCCAAUGGGGACGAUGCCCAGCCGUCAACCUCUGGUCAGAAUGGUAAUUCGAAACCUUCAAGCUCCACGACAGUAGCAAAUGGUGCCGGUGCUGAUGACGAUGAUGAUAUGUGUAUUAUUGAGGAGGACACUGAUAAAGCUGGUGCUCCCGCAGAGACCGACAAUGGAGCAGGGCCUAGCGGCACUGCUGUUGUGCCGGAAAAACGUAAACACGAUGAUACGGAUGCGCCGGUCAGCAAAAAACCACGCGUCUCCAACGACGAGGAUGAUGACGAUCUAAUCGUUAUCAACUAGAGCAGCUGCUGUUCGAUAAAACUAAAAUACGAUUUAAAAAAAAGAUCAUUUUUAUUGACCUACAUGCGCGUAAAAUAAACUGAAUACAUUGUCCUAAACAUAACGAAUGUGGUAAACAAUCUAAUAAAUGAUUCUCCUAUUAUUUUCUCACGGUCAAAA